AUAUUUUUAUCUAUUUCUACAAAAUAUCUAGUUCUAUAAAAUUUUGCAUUAGAAAAGGGUUUUAAUAUUUGAAAUAUUUUAUUUUCUUCAUCUAACUUAAUAAUUAAAAAUCUUAAUAGAUUCUAUUCCAAUUUAUAUAUAUGUUAUAUUAUAAAUAUAUAUAUAUAUAUUUAUUUUUAUUUAAAUGUAUUAUAUAUGUACAUAUAUAUUUAAAAAAAAGUUCAAAGAUGACGUUAAUAUUUAAUUCUUAUCUUAUCUCUGUCUCCCACUAUUUGUUUUUCAUGUUUUAUUUAAGCGUUUUAGAGAUGAUUUUUCAAUUUUUAUUCUAUAUUUCCUGUUCCUCUACUAUUCGUUUUUAUGUUACGUAUUAUCGGAAGACAAAAAAAAUAUAAAAAAAAAAUAAUCUGAUGAAGUAAAAUUUAGUUUCUUUAUGUUAUGUAAAUGAGAUCAAAUUAUUAGUGCUUUAUAAUUUAUCUGUUGUAUAUUAUACUAUUUCAAAAAAUAAUCGUUUUCAAAAAUAAAAAAAAUGGUAGCUGGAAAAAUAGCCUUUGUAACAGGUGCUGGAAGUGGUAUAGGUAGAAAAGUAUGCCAUAUUUUGGCAAAACAAGGGGCUAGUGUUAUUGCUACUGAUCUAAACUUAAAAAAUGCUGAAGAAACUAUUAGAUCUUUAAAUGAUACCAGACAUUUAGCAUUAAAUGUAGAAGUCUUAAAUGAACAAAGUAUUAAAGAAGCAUUUAAAAAUGCAAUAAAUAAAUAUUCAACUCCACCUACUAUUAUAGUUAAUUCUGCUGGUAUUACAAGUGAUCAAUUCAUUUUGAAACUUACUAAUGAAGAUUUUGAUAAAGUACUUAAUGUGAAUUUAAAAGGAACUUUUUUUAUAAUCCAAACAGCAGUAAAAGAAAUGAUUAAUGCUAAUGUAAAUAAAGGUGGUUCAAUUGUUAAUAUAAGUUCUAUUAUUGGAAAAAUAGGAAACAUGGGACAAGCCAAUUAUGCUGCAUCAAAAGCUGGAGUAAUAGCGCUUACAAAAACUGCUUCUCUUGAAUUUGGACAAUUUGGAAUUCGUGUCAAUACUGUGCUACCAGGUUUUAUAGAAACUCCUAUGACAAAAACUGUACCUGAUAAUAUAAAGCAAUUAUUUAUAAAAAGAAUUCCCCUUCAUAGAAUGGGAAAACCAGAAGAAGUGGCAGAAGUUAUCACAUUUUUAGCAUCUUCCAAGAGUUCUUAUAUUAAUGGUGCAUCCAUAGAUGUUACAGGAGGAUUAUAUUAAACUUGUAUAAAACUAUGUUAAAACUACAUAUAUAUAUUUUAUAUUUUUAUAAUUAUUUAAAACACAAAAUUUAAAAUAUAUUUAAUAAAAUAAUUACAAAUAUUA